UUCCAGACAAAGGUCCAAGACAGCAUUUUUUGCUCCGAGGAAGAUAACAGUCUGUAUUUCACAUACAGCGGAAAAUCAAAUGUCCUUGAGGUCAGAGAACUCAACUACCAGGUUAAUGUGGCAACUCAGAUUCCCUGGUAUGAGAACCUAGCACAGAUGAAAAUGCCAUGGACCAGGAACUCAGCUCCAGAUUCUCAUGUGUCAGUAAUCCAGAAUCUGAAUUUAAAAGUUCAAAGUGGACAGAUGCUGGCUAUUAUAGGAAGCACGGCUGGUGGAAAGACAUCAUUGCUUGAUGUGAUAACCUGUCGAGAUCACGGAGGCAAAAUCAGAUCGGGUCAAAUCCUGAUCAAUGACAAAACCAGCACUCCCCAGCUUGUUAAGAAAUGCAUCGCAUAUGUGCGGCAGGAUGACCGACUGCUCCCACACCUGACUGUCAAAGAAACGCUAUUGUUUGUUGCCAAACUGCGCCUUCCAAAGUUUUUUUCAGAUACACAGAGGGAAAAACGGGUAGAAGACGUUAUAGCCGAACUUCGGCUGCGUCAGUGUGCAAACACGCGGGUCGGAAACGAGUACCUCCGUGGCGUUUCAGGAGGCGAGAGGCGGCGAGUGAGCAUUGGCGUGCAGCUGCUCUGGAACCCGGGAAUACUGAUACUUGAUGAACCUACAUCUGGACUGGACAGUUUUACUGCGCAUAACCUUGUGAUAACAUUAUCCAGGCUGGCCAGAGGAAACAGAUUAGUUCUUCUUUCAGUUCAUCAGCCCCGGUCAGAUAUCUUUCAACUUUUUGAUUUAGUUCUUCUGCUGACUUCUGGAGUCACUGUCUAUUCUGGAACAGCUAGAGGCAUGGUCCAGUAUUUCACAGAACUAGGCUAUCCCUGCCCAAAGUACAGCAAUCCUGCAGAUUUCUAUGUUGAUUUGACCAGUAUUGAUAAACAGAACACAGAAAAGGAGAUGGAAAGUCGAAGAAGAGCAAAUGCUCUUGCAAACUUGUUCCUAGAGAAAGUCAAAGACUUUGAGGAUUUCCUAUGGAAAGUAAAUGAAGGAAACAAUGGUGUAACCACAUCCAGCCAACAAAGUUCCCAUGUAAAUUCAGAAGAAUCUGUUAACAUGCCUACCCAUUCAAGUGAUCAGUUACCAGGAGCCUUAAAGCAGUUCACAGUAUUAUUAAGUCGCCAAGUCUCCAAUGACUUCAGAGAUCUUUCAACGUUAUUAAUCCAUGGAUUUGAGGCGCUUGUCAUGUCAUUAUUAAUUGGAUUUUUGUACUAUGGCCAUGAAAAAAGCAGACUCUCUAUUCGUGACACAACAGCACUGUUGUACAUGAUAGGUGCACUAACCCCAUUCACAGUGAUUUUGGAUGUUAUUGCCAAAUGUCAUUCGGAAAGAGCGAUGCUUUAUCAUGACUUAGAGGAUGGAAUGUAUUCUGUGAGUCCAUACUUCUUUGCUAAGACUUUGGGGGAGCUGCCAGAGCACUGCGCUUUUGUUAUCAUUUAUGGGAUUCCCAUCUAUUGGCUGGCAAAUCUCACCCCUGAACCAGAACAUUUCCUUUUGAACUUCAUCUCCGUGUGGCUGGCUGUUUACUGUGCCCGCACCAUGGCGCUUUGGAUGGCAGCGCUGCUGCCUACCUUGCAGCUGUCAGCCUUCUUCAGCAACGUCCUUUUCACUUCCUUCUACCUGAGUGGCGGUUUUGUGAUAAGCUUAGAAAACCUCUGGACAGUUCCAUUCUGGAUUUCUAAAAUAUCUUUUCUUAGAUGGAGUUUUCAAGGCCUGAUGCAAGUUCAGUUUAAUGAUCUCAUGUAUGAAAUGACUAUUGGAAACAUUACCCUUCAAAUACCAGGGAAACUAGUAACACAGUCUCUGGACCUGGAUUCGCAACCUCUCUAUGCAAGCUAUCUCAUCCUUGCUGGUAUUAUUAUUAGUUUCCUGAUUUUAUACUACUUAUCUCUGAGGUUCAUCAAGCAGAAAUCACAUCAAAACUGGUAA